GUGCAAACCCAUCUCAAAAAAUACUUCACACAUUUCCCAAUCCGGACCGAGGAUCCAAUGCGAAGGGCGAGCUGGACUCUGCCGUUAUUUCGUUUCGCCAUUCAUCUGCAUUUAUAACCUAAGAUCUGUUUGAUGUAGACGGGAGCUACGUGGACAUUGCAACCAGCUGUUGAUUCAAAAUAGCCACCGGCGCUGUUAAGGAGACGGGCAACAAAGACUCAACAUACACGGGGGACCAGCUGGACUUCUGGACCAAGCGCUGCCGAAGAUUUAUUUUUGCAGCAAAUGUGGUUUUAAAAGAGCCUCUGAUAGUUAGAUGACUCGCCGGGGAACACAUGUUAAGAUGGACUUGCGGUUGAUCCUGAUCUUUGUUCUGCUUGGACUGUUGUCACACACCAGGGCACAACUAGAUGGAAAUGAAUGCACCAAAGCCUCGGCCCAGUCCUGUGGAGAAUGUAUUCAGGCCGGAGAGCGUUGUGUCUGGUGUACAGAUGUGAACUUUCUGAAACAGGGAGAACAGAAAUCCACUCGUUGUGAUGAGUUUGAUUCUCUGAUCAAGAAAGGCUGUUCUCUGGCCAACAUAGAAAACCCUCAUGGAAAUGUUACCAUCAACAAGAACCGACCUGUUACUAACCGUAAAAGAGAAGGUGAAAAAAUAAAUGCCGACCAGAUCACCCAGAUUCAGCCACAGAAACUCACCUUGAACCUGCGAUCAGGGGAAGCUCAGAACUUUACUCUGAAUUUCAAGAGGGCUGAAGAUUAUCCCAUAGAUCUAUACUACCUGAUGGACCUCAGCUACUCUAUGAAAGAUGAUUUAGAGAACGUUAAAAACCUUGGAACUGACCUGAUGAAGGAAAUGCAAGAAAUCACGUCUGACUUCAGGAUCGGCUUUGGCUCCUUUGUUGAGAAAACCGUUAUGCCAUACAUUAGCACUACACCGGCCAAGCUUUUAAACCCCUGUACAUCAGACCAGAACUGCACCAGCCCAUUCAGCUAUAAAAACGUGCUGAGUCUUACCUCUGAGGGAUACAAGUUUAAUAACCUUGUUAGCAUGCAGCAGAUUUCCGGAAACCUGGACUCUCCAGAGGGAGGGUUCGAUGCCAUCAUGCAAGUUGCUGUCUGUGGGAAUCAGAUCGGCUGGAGAAAUGUAACACGUCUGCUUGUAUUUUCCACGGAUGCUGGAUUCCACUUUGCUGGAGAUGGAAAACUGGGUGGCAUCGUACUUCCUAAUGACGGGAAAUGCCAUCUGGAGAAUGACAUGUACACUAUGAGCCACUACUAUGACUAUCCAUCCAUCGCUCAUCUAGUUCAAAAACUAAGUGAAAACAACAUUCAGACCAUUUUUGCAGUAACUGAAGAGUUCCAGCCUGUUUACCAGGAAUUAAAAAACCUCAUUCCAAAGUCUGCUGUGGGAACAUUAUCCUCAAACUCCAGCAAUGUGAUAAGACUCAUUAUCGAUGCAUAUAAUUCUUUGUCCUCUGAGGUCAUUCUGGAGAAUAGUAGGUUGCCUGAGGGCGUGUCCAUCUACUACAUCUCACACUGCAAGAAUGGGGUGAGCGAAAAAGGAGAAAAUGGGAGAAAGUGCUCCAACAUCUCCAUUGGGGAUGAGGUGACGUUUGAAGUAGUGAUCACUACUAAAGGUUGCCCAUCCAAUGGUAAACCAGAGACAAUAAAGAUCAAACCACUGGGCUUCACCGAGGAGGUAGAGAUUGUCCUCAACUUCAUUUGUGAAUGUGAAUGUCACAAAGAGGGAAUCCCAAACAGUCCAGCAUGUCACUUUGGAAAUGGAACCCUGGAGUGUGGAGCAUGCAGGUGCAAUGAGGGACGAAUUGGCGGGAUUUGUGAAUGUAGCAAAGACGAAGUGAGAACAGAAGAUUUGGACGCAAACUGCCGUAUGGAUAACGGUACAGACAUUUGCAGCAAUAAUGGAGACUGUGUCUGUGGAACAUGUGAGUGUAAGAAAAGAGACAACCCCGAGGAGAGAUACAGCGGCAAGUUCUGUGAGUGUGAUAACUUCAACUGCGACCGCUCCAACAACAAGCUCUGUGGAGGUCAUGGUCAAUGUGAGUGCAGAAAGUGUAUCUGUGAUGCCAACUACACAGGCAGUGCGUGUGACUGCUCACUUGACACCUCAACCUGUCUGGCCAGUAACAAACAAAUCUGUAAUGGUCGAGGCACCUGUGAGUGUGGCAUGUGUAAAUGUACAGACUCAAAGUUCCAGGGCUCAACAUGCGAAAUCUGCCCAACCUGCCCCGGAGUUUGUACUGAACACAAGGAGUGUGUUCAGUGCCGAGCAUUUAAUACGGGUGAAAAGAAAGAUACAUGCAAGAAAGACUGUGACUACUUUUCUCUAAAGAAUGUGAAGAAGAAGGAAGAUCUUCCUCAGCCAAAUGACCAGCCCUACAUCAACCACUGCAAAGAGCGUGACGCUAAUGACUGCUGGUUCUUCUUCACAUAUGCUACCAAAAACGACAGCACUGUUGAGGUCCAUGUGGCAGAGGAACUUGAGUGUCCUUCAGGCCCUGACAUCAUCCCAAUUGUAGCGGGUGUGGUUGCAGGAAUUGUUCUAAUUGGUUUAGCUCUGUUGCUCAUCUGGAAGCUGCUCAUGAUUAUUCACGACCGUAGAGAGUUCGCCAAAUUCGAGAAGGAGAAGAUGAAUGCCAAGUGGGACACGGGUGAGAAUCCCAUUUACAAGAGUGCUGUGACCACAGUGGUGAACCCCAAGUAUGAGGGCAAGUAAUGGGCGAAUCUGUCCAUCUCCAACCAACACUGUAUGCAAAACAAUUCAAGAGGAAAAGAAGAGUUUGAAGUUCACUUUUGUAUUUUCUUUUUUGUUUUUAAAUCACCUUUUGGCUGUGCAUUUGCCACUGUUCAGUAUAAUCUAUUAACCUGUGUUUCUAUGCAUCGUUUUGGAACUGUACAGUAUGUAUAAACUAUUUUAAUUUUUUUUUUUUUUAUGCAAUUUUAUUUCAAUUUAAUUUUGGGUGUAUUAGCCAUAGGUCUGUUGUGCCUUGUUUUUCUGAAUGUUAAAACCGAACACGGUGGGCAAAAUGUGGUCAGGUAAAGAUUAAGAAUGCCAUCCACAAAGAAAAGAAACAAUCUCAUGUUAUAAUCUGAAAUUAUUGGACACACCUGCUUCAUUAUACAAAUUACAUUUGACAGUAGUCACUCGAUAAAUCAUGUCGAAUGAAUCACUUUUUUGUCUCCUUGAUGGAACAGGAAGCUUUUAAACCUGUGGAUGGAGCGUCCUGUCACUGGUAUAGUACGUAGCUGUAGCUGACCACUGUUGUUUGAAAACAUGGCGCUGUUGAUGUAGACACAGAUGAUACUCUGUGCUGUCUGCAUAACUCUGGGUGAUUUGACUCCAGUCUAUGAUGUUUAGAUCUGUGUGCUGAGAUGCACUCGCAUUGCCUUUCUUGGGUCUUCAAGUAGGAUGGUUUCAUGACCUAUCUAUAGUGUCAGCGUGUUAUCAUGCACAUUGAUAAUUGUAAUGAAUCGGAAAUGGACAGACCAGUUUUAGGGAUUUUCUAUAUUGUUAAUUACGUCAUGCAAAAAAGGCUUUUUUUUUACAAGCUUCUUUUGUUCACAACCAAUCAGAGCAUUUGGUGUAGUGUUAUAAAAUCAAGUGUUUGAUUUAAAUAUCUUUGACUUGGCAUGUGACCAUUGGAAAGAUUUUGAAAGACAUAAGAGGGACAUUUUCAGCAUUGUGAAUGAAACAAUCAACCGUUGCUUUUUUAUUAUUAAAGACGUAAGUGUACAGGCAUAUGAAAAGAAUUUCAGGUUUUAGAUUCGUUUUAAGAACGAAAGCUCAGGUCCCUAAUUUCUCUCGAUCACUGAUGCCAAAUAUUUACCAUACUGUGCACAAACUAUAUUUUAAUAUGAUACUUCUGUUACUCUCUGUAAAUGGACUUGCUUCAUAUUUGAUUUUUGAUUUUUUUUCCUUUGUCCAAAAAGAGACAGAGUGGUGACUAACUGUUCAGAUUAUUGUUGGUAAAGAUCAGUGUUAUAAGAAGGAUUACUUGUUUUUUCUGUAUUUUUUACUUUUUAUUAUUAUUUUAAAGCUUUUAAUUGCUUAAUCACAUUACACACACUUUGCAAUUUUUUUAAUGUGCCUUUUUUCAUUUGUGCAUCAUGCCCACUGUUGCAACCCUUUUAUUUCUAGGAGUUAUUUAUUAAAAUAAAGAAGCAAAAACACUG